GGACCGUGGAGAGCUCCCGUCUGAGGAGCAGAGUAACGCAGGAGGAGGAGAGGGCUGGAUAUGGGGGAGCCACCGCACAGGCCCGUACGAUCGAGAUAAAAACAUUUUUUUUUUAAUGUGCACAUACCGGGGAAAAUACACAAAGAUACCGAGCUGGAGAGGCCUUAGGAGGAGGGGGAAACAACCGAGGAAGUGAAGGAAAAGGGGGAAUACGGCUGCUGACCCAUCCCGGCGCAUCAGGGGAGAAGCCGCGAGAGAAAGGAGAAGAAGGAGAGACAAUUCCGCUCGACCUGAUGGACUGAGAGGACAGAUGAAUGAAGACUGCCUACACUAACGCCUAUAGAUGCCUGGCCAAGGAUCUGGACGCUUACGCCAUGAACACGGACAUGACAAUGGACGGCAUUGGCAGCCUGCAUGGCGGGGUGUCGGUGAGCUCCGUGGUCUCUGAUGCGGAGCUGAUGAGCGGCCACAGCCCGCACCACGGCCGCGGAAGCUCGUCGGGGGGACACGGGGCGGCGGCGGCAGCGGCGGCGGCGGCGGCGUCCACCCUGCGGAUACACCAGGACCUGGCCGCCGCCGCCGCGUCAUCCCGCUCGGCCAUGGUGACCGGCAUGGCCACUAUACUGGACGGCAGCGGGGAGUACCGGCCCGAGCUGUCCCUGCCGCUGCACCACGCCAUGAGCGUGCCAUGCGACACAUCCUCUCCCGGGAUGGGGAUGAGCGGGACCUACACCACCUUAACCCCGCUGCAGCCGCUGCCCCCCAUCUCCACAGUGUCGGACAAGUUUCACCAUCAUCACCAUCACCACCACCACCAGCGGCUCUCCGGGAACGUGAGCGGAAGCUUCACCCUGAUGCGGGACGAGCGGGGGCUGCCGGGCAUGAACAACCUGUACAGCCCCUACCACAAGGACCACAUGUCCGGGAUGGGUCAGAGUCUAUCCCCGGUGCUGGGCAACGGCCUGGGCUCCAUACACAACACCCAGCAGGGUCUCCACAAUUACGGCACCACGACGCACGGAGGCCACGACAAGAUGCUGAACUUCGACGCACACCACACCGCCUCCAUGCUGGCCAGAGGGGACCACCACCAGCACCGAGGCCUCGGUGGCCCGGCGGCCGGGAUGAUGCCGCACCUGAACGGGAUGCACCACCCGGGCCACUCGGCCGUAUCCUCGGCGGGCCACCACCCCCACUCCCACCCCCACCUCCAGUCUCCAUCCCACGGGCCCGUGUUGGCUUCCACCAGGGAAAGACCGCCCUCCUCCUCGGGGACGCAGGGGGUGAACAGCUCGGGGCAGCUGGAGGAAAUCAACACCAAGGAGGUUGCUCAGAGGAUCACGGCGGAGCUGAAGAGAUACAGCAUCCCCCAGGCCAUCUUCGCCCAGAGAGUGCUGUGCCGCUCCCAGGGGACCCUGUCGGACCUCCUGAGGAACCCCAAACCCUGGAGUAAACUAAAGUCAGGCCGGGAGACCUUCAGGAGGAUGUGGAAAUGGCUGCAGGAGCCCGAGUUUCAGAGGAUGUCGGCCCUUAGACUGGCAGGUGGAAGUACCUCCAGGUACUCAGAGCUACCAGAGCUUCACGAUGAUCAACACAAGUCCAGUCAGAGCUGUGAGGAAAUGCCAGCGUGCAAACGCAAGGAGCAGGACACGGCAAAGGAGCGCAACAGCACGCCAAAGAAGUCGCGGCUGGUCUUCACCGACCUGCAGCGCCGCACCCUGCUGGCCAUCUUUAAGGAGAACAAGCGACCGUCCAAGGAGAUGCAGCUCACCAUCUCACAGCAGCUGGGCCUCGAACUCACCACCGUCAGCAACUUCUUCAUGAACGCCCGCCGCCGGAGCCUGGACAAAUGGACAGACGACGGAGCCAGCCCCGGCGGCCAAUCUUCGGCGUCCAGCACUUGUACCAAAGCGUGAUGAUAGCGAUAUCGAGGAGGGGGUAGGGAAGGGAAGCGACAGGGAUCGGGGGGGAUCUCGGGUGGGGUGGGUCGAUGAAGAUGUGAGGAGGGUUGGAGGGGGUCGAGGGCGCGGGUCGAAGUUUCGUCUGGUCGAAGCGAGGAGGAAAACCAAACUUUUUACAUUUUUUUGUUUGUUUGUCUGUUUCGCUUUUGUCGAGGGUGACAAACUGAGAGAGGGGCUGCUCACUGCGACGACUUGUUUGUAGCCUAACCGCCUUUUUGCAAAUUCAUUCUAAAUCCAUAAAGAAGCUGAAGGGUAAACUCACAUAUAACUCACCUAUAAAACAAAGAAACCUCACUGGGGGAAAAACACUUUUGAAUCAUAGACUUUCACUGCUGAUGUCUCCUUUAGGACAAUAAGCUGACACGCUAGCCCAAAUACCAAAGACUAGAAGACAAUGUAUGUUUUCUAUUAUGCAAUAUAAGCUAGGAACCAACCAACCAAACAAGAAACCAAUGAAAGCUUUAUGACUGCAGAAUGUGCUAGAAGCUCUGGGAUAGGAUGUUGUGGUAUUUUGACCCUCAAAUGUCCAAAGAUGACAAUGACGCAUCUAUUUGGGAAGUCCACAUUAUGAAGGUUUCAUAGCUGAAUUGUGGUUUUAAAACAAAAGGAGGUCAGGUCGUGCAGCUGAAGGUGAAGUUGGACUGCACAUUUUCUUUAACCAAACCAAAGAUGCAUGACUGGGCAUUUCUCGGUCAAAAGAAACCAUACCCAUGAUUGAGCGUCAAAAUUCAUUCUUGACCUUUGAAAUAAUUUGACGAAAUCUCACAAACACAGACCUUGGAUAGACUGUGCUUGGGAUGCUCACGUACAAUGAUUUAUUCAUUUAAAACAGUUGGUUGAGGGUUCACUGUUUUGUUCAAGUAAAUGGCUGGGUAAUAGAUGGAGUUAGGGUUAACCGUCAGGUUCACAAACACCAAAGUCAGUUCACUAGAAUCGAAGAGUUAGCUUCCAAACAGUUCUAUAUUCAUUUUAAACAUGAAACAUCUACAUGAAGUUGAUCUCUGGAAUAUAUAUGAUCAAGAUUGUAGAUGGAUUAUUAUUUUCUUUAAUUCCUAAUCAACCCCAAAAUGAUGAGAUUUCUGUCUUUUUUGUUUUGGACAAAACUCUUUAAUUUUACCAAAAAAAAGAGCAACAUGUAAUGAUUUGACUCCUUAAAGGGAACAAUGAGGAUUCCUAAAGCUAGGAAAAAUGGCUAAAUAUGCAAGCACAAACACACACACACACACAUACACACACAUACACACACACACACACACACACACACAAACAUUCACCAAGGCACACGCAGCUUUCCACAUAAUUUGAGCCAACAUGUAGAAUUACAAGCUUUCUCAGCAUACUUGGCGUUCAGAGGAGUAUUAGUUUAUUAUAGAUGAAUAUAUACAACAUACGUGAGCACAAUCUUGAAGCACAUUUUCUUUGCAAUAGAACCGGGGCUCUCUGCCAAGCCGAGUGGUCUUCGCAUCUUAGAAAACUCAGGAUACCAUUUUUUCUAAAAAGUGGCUGAAAUCCAUUCGGUCUGUCGUUACAAGCUGUAAUGUACAAAUGUACAAACACACACACACACACAGCAAAUACACUUGCUUUACAAAAACACAGACAACUUUAAAGAGUCAUUUCUGAAGGUUCCCCAAAAUUCCCACCUUGACCAAAACAUUGUCAGCAAAACCAAAGCUAAGCUGCAAGUUUACCCAGGCUUCACCCACCCAUCAUAUGUUAACAUGGUAACUCAUCCAUCAGUGCAGCGGUUUCCACCUAGCAUCUUAGCACUAACACAAUCUUUGUUUUCAAUUCGAACAAAGAUGCUGUUAACACUGCUGAUGACGAGAGCUGUAUCCGAAACAUUUUUAGGAAAUUGGUGGUCCAAAAGAUAGUGAACUGAAGGUAGAUUGGAAAUUUAAAGGCAUCAUGUUUAAUGCACAGACUCAAGCAAGCUUCUUCCCUACAGCUCUCUUUCAGAGACCAGCCUGGAUUUACACAAACAAAAAAGGCUUCCCCGCUGAGAUUUGUGUAAAGUCGAUUCCAUUCGGAGCAUAGCAUCCAGAGAAAUUCAAACAAUACAUAACAAAGCAUUAAAAAAGUUCAACAUGAUCCAUGUUUAAUCAAGAGCUUCUGGGCUUCCAGUAAAUCAGCACAAACCACAAAACACAUGCUGGUUUCUUGAGCCACUUCUGCCAGCGUUUUGUGAAAUGAGCACGGAAAGCACAAAACAAGAGGUAGUUUGACACUUAAGGCUUCCAUGUGGUGCAAACAUGUCCAACUCAUUCUGAAGGCAAAGGUGUUCCAAAUGACCACUUCCGCCCCAUCAUGGAGAGGGACGAGGUCCAAUGAAUCAUACAGGUGGGGGGAAAUGGUGCACACUUCUGGGACAGUCUCUCCUCAAUGAUAUUCAUGGUGUUGGACUUGGUUGUACACAUGAUAACUGAUAGGAGGAAGUAGCUGUGAGAAGAAGGAAAAGAGAUAGCUUGAGAGAAAAGUUCAAACCGUGCCUACUUUCACACCUCAGCACACCUGGUCAAUCACUUGUGAUUGUCAGAUUGUCUGUUUCAGAAAAUUACCAAAUCUUUCAGGCGCAGCUCUCCAGUUUUAUCGGAGGGAUGUAUAGUUAGUUUAGCUAACAUGAUCAAAACCCAAAUCCUUACCUUAGCCAAAACCCUAAUAUCUGAAGAUCUGGAAGAUCAAAAUCUUCUAGUGACAAGAGUGUCAAGAGUUUGCGCAUAUUACACAAACUUUUGACUGUGUUGGUUUAUCAUUGCUGAAGAAGUUCUUGGCUGAACCUUGCUCGAAGCCUUAGACUUUUACCUUUUGGUGUAAAUCCAGCUGUAGAACUAAGAUCCUUUUUGGAAACCGAUACUGCUGCCAUCAUAAAACCCCCAAAACAAACCACAAACUUUUAAAACACCUAGUAACAGACACAAACAACAGCAAAACCAGUUAACCGUCUGAACCUUCGGAGGACGAACUGUCCAGGCGGAUCAGGGCCUUUGUAAUAGUUAAAGAGGACAAUCUAAAGACGAUGCCUGGCAGGUCCGUCUCUUUCAGAGGGUCAGCGGCCUGGAAAACAGAAAGACAGGUAUCAACGCUGCAAACAAAUCAUUUUAAUAAAGUCAUAUUCAGACAACUCAACAAAAUCUUUGAGGACAAAACUUGAGAUGAAACUCAAAAUAUAAUUUAUUGGCAGCGUAGGAGAGUUGGAUGCUUGGUAAAAAGGACUGCAGACAGACAGAUGGACUGAGUUUCUCUGCGUGUCUGUCUGACUGUCUUUGUGUUCUUACAAACUUCACCAAGAAUCCAUCACUACCAAAUCCCACAACGCUCACUGAUUUUAGUUUGAUACCGUCACACUGUACAGCCUUUACACAUGAUGUAAAUACUAACGCACCCAAAAAACCUCAACCGCCACCACCUCCUACUCUGUUUAAACAGUCUUUACCAUCUGCAAUCACCUCAUCAAUCAUCUCUCACUCAAGCUAUCGAACCAAAAAAAGAAACAAAACCAAAGGAAAGGCGUCAGUCAGCAGCCCCUGCUCCUUAGAAACACCAGGCUGAGUACCGGCCUGGUUAGAGGCAAGCCAAAGGCUUUAAGAACGAUUUAAAAUAAAAAAUGGACACUUGAGACUUUUUCUAUUUAUUGACAAAUCGAAACCAAAGAAAACCUUUUUCUGCACCUAACUGUUCCAACAAACGGGAAAAAACUGAAGAUGGAAGAGAAUUAUUACCAAAAAAUGAGAACAAAAAAAAAACAAAAAAAAAAGAGUGGUGGCGACGAUGUCGAGGAUGGAGGACGACGACAACGAGAAGGAGGGAGGAUGUAAGGAAGGAUGACAUCAUGGGAGCGGAGAAGUAGCUUUGUUCUGCCUGAUGUUGCGUCAGGCCAUCUUUAAGGGGAAGUAAGUUGGGGACUGAAAAGGGUAAAACCACACGGGAAGGAGGGAAGGAACCAACGGAGGACGCCGUCGACCAUUUUCUUCCCUCCGGCCCCCCAAAAAAAGGCAGAACAUUAAUGUGUCUCUCACGGUUGAAGAGUGUCUUUAACGUGUGCCUAUGCAGUUUUUCAAAGUAAAAAAAUGGUUAAAAGAACAACAGAAACCUCAUCAGCUAACAAACCAAAGAUUCACCGUUAACUCCAGUAGCAGUUCUUCUCCCCCCGAAAAGGAAAAUCACAACUUUUGCUGACCAGCACACACCUACACCUGAAGAGGUGUGCUGUGGGUUUUUAAUAUUUUUCACAAGAAAUUUUACAGCUACAUCUGUUGUUGAGUUAGCAUGUAGGCUAAUAAGGCUUGUUUGCCCUUUAACCUUUAAGCGAGCAGCCUUUCCUUCAUCCCUCUACCUUUAUUAAACUUAGCAAGGAUGUCAAAUCACAAUUUCUUUCGGGAUAGCCAGUAUUCCGCUUGUAGGCUGGCGGAUAUCUACCCCACAGCAGACACUCACUUAGGUCUGUACAGUAUCUUUCAAAGCUAAACUGUAUAUAUCUGGUAUUUUGAGGUUGCUCAUUCCUCCGGCAUGGCGUCAACACAUGCAGCCAUUGUAGUAAUAAAUCCUUCACACCCACAAACUUGGCCACAAACUUCUGAUGGUCAAAAAGAGAAAAAUAUUUGGAAGUUUCUGAGAUGGCCACUGUUUUGUAUUUUUCUUUCCACCACCAUGAGUCAUUACUCCACAGGACAAAGUCUACCUCCAACAAUCUCCGGCAGUAGUAACAAAAGUUGCCAGACAACAGUAAAGGGUUGGUUUAUGUGAGUUUAUUUUCCCUGCUUUGCAUCCAUACAAUAUGACACAUUCGAGCUGGAAGCGUCGUGAAGAAACAUCAACCAGUCGUUGACUGUUUUUCCAAUGCUUCCAUCUUUGCUUCCACCAGGUCUGAGGAUUCAAACAAGCUACUUUUAUUCACGUUGAGCCGACUGUUGUCCGGCGCACUUACUACUGCGGAGAGAGUGACAAUGUAAUGCUAUGUGAAACGUACAGUGCAUACCAAAGAUUUUUUGCUGUACUAACAGUAGCACACUCACACCUUUUCGUUUUUUCCCCCCAUACCUCUUCAAGAGUCUAAAGCAGAUCUUGAAUCUGUGAUCUAGGGCGACCAGUUUGUUUAAGUCACUCAUAGUGUUGUUAACUCACCGUCUCGAAGUUAUGACUUUUCAACCCAAACUUAGUAGAAACCAACUCAGCCUGUUUUACAAAGGAAUCAAAUGGAUUCUUCAAAUUCAAAUUCAAUUUCUAAAUUUCAAUAUCAGCGACGUGACACCUAACCAAGCAAUUAAUCAGGGUGCAAUCCAGAGAAUCAAAGUCUGUUUAUUUGAGUCUUGGCUAACAAAAAAAAAAAAGCACUGCUAGUUUGGGUGGAAAGUUUUAAAAGGUGGACAAAAGUUAUCUAUCAUAACACCACAGUUUGUUAUAACCUGCAUUGCCAUGCUGGAGGAGGAGCCUCACAGAGAGAGCGACCACUGGACAUACUAACUGUCCACUGCUAACAACCCUAGUUAGCUUGUUCUUUAGGGGGGAGAAACCAUGCUGCUGCUCCAUAUAUACAACGACAAUAAAUGAAACAAAACCAAAAAAUACUACACCCGCUGAGAGAAACUGCUAAAAUAUCGGUCAAAUAGCUUUAUCCUUUAGUUUUCUCUCUCUCUUUCUGUAUGUAAAGCUUCUAGUCCAAAGAAAUCAUCCGCCCACCUGAACCUCCAUCCUGCUGACCACGCCCAACGGAGGGGUGUGGUUUACGGUUCAGGGAGUGGGCGGCCAUUUUCCAUUCCCACUUGCAGUUCUGUCUGGAUGUAACACAGGCUAAACCUGCCAAACCAAAAAAAAAAAAGAAUGGGUAUGAAACCAAAAAACUGUCCCAAAGAGGUUUUCAUUGCUUGUUUGUUUUAAGUACUUAAAAAAUUAUUUGCCAAUACUUAAGUGUCUACUAUUACGACUAUGUUCCUUCCUAGGUUUUUGCAAUAUGUGAUUUCUUUUUUUAUUUAAUGUAAUUUAUGUAAUUUUGCAAUUAAUUUAAGCGAACAAAUUUUGUUGCCAAAUCUCCCUCUGAACCCUUUUACCCUUGAUGAUGAUUAGCUUUUGCCAAAGUUUACAUUGUAUGUUCCCUUUUCUUUUUCUGUUCAAUGCUGUAUUUAUUUAUGAGGUGUUUUAGAACACACUAGUUUUGUACUCAAUAAUUUAAUGUUAUUUAAUUAGAUGUAAUUGUUUUUCGAUGAAUAUUUAUGAGUAUUUAAGAAUGUUAGUUGCAUCAAAGAUGCAGUGCUUAUGCCAGGCCUGUUAAUUUAUUCUUAGUUAGCUUUACUUUAAAAAGCAAAUGAAAUGUUGUUUUAUGAAUGUGUAGACUUAAUGACAGAACAAUGUAGGAAUGUCAGAUUAGACUCGCGUACUUCUGAAUGUCAACACUUGCUCUCACUGUCUAGCCAAUCUAGUUUUUUGUUUGUUUGUUUGUUUUUGUCCUGGUAAUGAUUUCUCUUUUUUUUUUCGAAAAUGAAAACAAUCUUUUUAUGAGAAAUAAUAGCCUACUGAAUGAUGAGCACUGCAUCUGUUUUUCUUUUUUCCUCCUUGUGAUUUUUAUGGCUAAUUUAUUGGUUGCUUUUCUUAAUUUCUUUGCAUCCUGCUAACCAUUGUUGAACAAGCAAUGAAUUUCAGACUGAUGUUCUAGUGACACUUGAUCAGGUGAAGUAAAGGUCCACACGUUGAUAUAAACUGACUCACCAAAGAUAACUGGAAUCCUUGAGAGGCCAAUAAACUGUGUGUUUACAUCCGCGCAGCUCAAACCCUGGUUAAGAUCUUAUUCGUACAUUUAAAAUAAUAUUUUUUUUUGCACAGCAGAAACUUUAAAGAGUAAAGUUAACACUAAAUCCACUUUUUUUGACUCAUUAAAUUACAUGUACAGUCACUUUAUUAAACUAUUGAUCCUUGUCCCAUUAGAGCAUUGCAACAGAAGUUGUUUUCCCAUUUCUAGAAGAAAUACAGUAAUUUUGUCAGGGUGUGUCAGGGAUUGCUUUCACAUCUUUUGCAUUCGUAAAGGAGCUAAAAUAGGGUGUUAAGUUUCCUGUGCACAACCAAGACAGUUUUUACUUACAAACGCAACAAGCUGUCAAAAACAUUUCGAUGAUCUCUGAAUUUUUGACUUGUUGCGAUCAGGAGAAAAAUACUUUCUUGAACUGUUUUGUUAAGUUGGAGACUUUUUUUUAGUUCUCUGUGUCAGAAUAAGAGCUUAUCCAGGUUAUUGUACACAAGACGUGGUGUUAACACACACCACCUCAACAGUAAAAUAUUUGUUACCAGGAUAUUGGGGUGUGUGUGUGUGUGUGUGCGUGUGUGUGACUGCGUGAAUGCAAACACACCGACUUGUUUCACUCGUUAGGAAGGAAAACUGAGGAGUCCCUUAAAGCUAGCUGCUUCCAAGACUGACUUCGUGUGUAUGUAAAAAGAAAAAAAAAACUUUCUAUUUCAAUAGUGAGAACCAGAGAGGCUACCUCACUGACUUUCCAUUUGUCCUUUUAAUCGUGUUGAUGAAACCAAAGAAACCAAAGAUUUUUGUCCUCUUCAGUACGGUCUGCGCUCAGCUCCAUGCUUUUGUGCUCUCUCUUCUUAAUGACGCCACAUUUUGUCUUCUUUUCUACUUUCUCCUUCCUCUUUCUCUCUUUUCCCUUCCCUCUCUCUCUUGGCCUUGCAUUGUCUCUUAUCCUCUAAAAGAAUAAGUGUGAAGGGGAAAGAGGCAGGUGUAGCAGGGUUCGCGAGCAGAAAUACACAAUUCUACAUUUUUUCUGCAACAAGUGUUAGAGCAGAGGCCGAUUGCAUUUCAAAUUCAGCAAUAUGACAAAGAAAAAAAGCUUCUGGAAAGAAAAAGAACCCCAAACUUAGAUGAAAAUGCUAGAGCUAGCUAGAAAGAUGAUCCAUACAAUGGGAAUGUGACAAGUAACUAAUGAAGAUCAAAUGUGGAACCGCUGAGGAAGAAAAGUCGAUUUUUAAAACCUCAGAAUGCUUCAAACCAGCUAGGUAGCACAGCAAAGACAAAAGUGUUCACACCGGCCACACUACUGCAAGAAAAGUCGGCUGUCACAGAAUUUUUAAAUUCUGCCACAGGAGAGGGAGUUGAUGAUGUCAUGUAAUGAUGCUAUAUCAUCUGACGAGCACUUUGUUUGAUGUGUGACAACACCUCCACACUUUGAGAUGCAAAAAUUCUGUUUUGCACUGAAACAUAAAAACUGUGGAUUCUUGAAGCCUCAAUGGUAGCUGAAGUUUUGUGGUGCUGACAGCAGACAAAGGUGCAGGAUGAAAGUUUCUUCAUUAGCUGAAAGUUUCCUCUGGGCUAUUUUUAUUUCCAACAACGUUGUCCCCUUUUUUCUACUUCACCCUAUCUUGUUAACAGUAAUUAGAUGACUGAUUGCUUUGUGCUGCGUGGCAACCACAGUGAUGCAACACUAGUCUGGCCCUUUGAGCUCAAGGCUGAACUUUUCUGUUUGAGCGGUGGGAAACUUCUUGCAGAGCUUUAUAAUUGUCUGAAAAGUCCAAUUCAAAGAAGAACCGUAUUGAGUCCUACCAGAAACUGCUUUUAGCUAAAUGCUAGCACAAAAACAUCACAAAGCCAAUACAAAAUGCUGAAGUUUAGAAAUGUUAUAGAAAGUUUGACCUGCUGCAUUAAAAGUAUGAGGAUCACCAACGUUCUGCCGACUUAUCCUGUGGAGACCUUGAAUAUCUGUCCCAAAUCUUACUGCUGUCCAUUUAAUACUUUUUUACAUAUUUCAAUCUUGACCAAUGUGAUAGACCAACCAACCGUCAAACCAAUAUUGAUACCCCUAGAGAUCUAUGGCACAAACAUGACCAUGGCUAAAAAUCCUCAAGCAGUACAUUUAACAGGACAUCCCAAAAAGCUCACAACAAUCCUCAGCUCUUGUUUCAGUGCAAAACGUCCUCAAAACACAAAUGAUGAAAAAAUCUGGAAAUCAAAAUCUGAAUUGCUGGGAAAGAUUGUGGUUCUGCUUUGUGUGUCCCACGAAUCCAAAAACACAGUACUCAAAUAUUCCACGGACCUUGUAGUGAUCACAUUUUAAGGCGAAGGAGUCACAUCUUGUGUUGCAAAGGGUGACAACACUUAGAAGACAUGCUACUGUCUAUGAAAUCAUUUCAUUCGAUUAAUGAAACACCAUCGACAAACAGCAAUAUGCAAGUAGGAUUAGUUGCCUGGGAUCUAUCAUCAAGCGGUGCCAUUUGGCUUCCCUUCUUCCCAGUGUUUAAAAAUUAAACAGGGAAGCCAAAUGACAACAAACCCGUGGCAUUUUCUGGUUACAGUCCAGGGUUGAGCCGGACAGACACCUGCUGUAGCACUUUGCUUUCCCAAACCAGGCCACUUCAAAAACAAAGACGUAGAGAGAGCUUUUGUUGCAAAGUACGAGAUAACCUUGGAUGAGUGCCUUGCUUGAACCAAAGCAAAGUCUAGAUCUUUCUAUUGUGCUGUAAACUUUCUAUUCCUGUGAAAAAAGAAAUACCUCUCUGAUUUCCUCUCCGAUUUCUGGUACUUUGCCAUGCAAUCAACACAAAGAAAUCCAGAGUGAAUUACCAAAGGCUUCCUGUUCUGUUCAACUCUUCUCUUCUCUCUUCUUUCUGAGCUGGGCUUCCACCGGAAAGGUCUGUUUUUUUUUUGUGUUUUUUUCAGUUCUUUGCAGCCCAGAUCUAAUCAUCUUCUCACAGCUGUCGAAUCUGAUUUUGCUGGUGUUUAUACACAGAUCUGAAAUGAUGAAACUGCAGCUGCAUUGACUGAAAAGUGUAGAAUACCAGAAAUGUCCUUUAAAAUAAUCCUAUGUUUGCUUAAAGCUUGUUUGAGCAGCACAAUGGAAUAGCUGAGAGUGAGAAACUUUUGGCUCUUUGACUUUCUGUAAAUACAGUAGGCCAAAAGGGACAAAAUUGUUUGGUUUUUCUCACCAUCACUAUUAAAUUGUUUCAUGAUAUGAUUAAGUAUCUCUGUAAAUAUUUGAACCUUUGGUGGAAAUGCAGCUCCUUCCUGUUUUCCUUUCUUCUCUUUCUUCAAAUGGUUGCAAAGCUUUAAAUGAUGAAAAAACAACAUGGAGACAAACUUCUGUGAGUUGUGCGCAGACCGUGCUCUCUUUACCAAACUGUUGCAGAUAUACCUCAUAGACACUAGUGUUAGGAUGAUGUUAUAAUAGCGUAUGUCAUAAAUUAUUCACUUGCUCUUCUUCCCUUUUUUUAUUUUUUUUGGUAACUGUAACUUUAAAAAGAAAGAAACAAAUGUGGUUAAAAAAGCUUUACACAUUUUUAAGUUGUGAUUUUUUUUUUUGUAAUAGUUUAAAAGGUGCGCUAAAACCAAAAAUGAAAAAUGCUUGUCGUCUUCUAUGCUCUCUUUCUUGUUGAUGUAUUACUGUUUCCUCUCUGUCCCAUCUGCCGAGGAUCGAGAGAUUUAUAAUUUUGUUUUAUUUUUUAUUUUUUGGUCUCUGGUUCUUUUAUAGGGGUCAUUGUCCCCUCAUGUGGAUAUUUUUGGGAUUGGGAACAUUGUUGGAAUGAUGCCAGAAUUGACUUGUUUCAGCCCAGAAUAAUACCGGCUUCUUUGAUCCAUCGAUUUCAUUUUAAAUCCAGCCACGUCUCACUUUAUUUUUAUGCAUCUAUUUUUGAAUACUUGUUUUGGUGUCUUUCUCUUCCUGUGUUCUAAUGCUAGCAUCGCAUUAUCCAUACAGCAGUGCUAUACCCCCAGAUUUUAUGCAUGAGUAUAUUUACAAUUAGCUAGUAAUGCAUUGUGAUUAUUAUUAUCAUCCUCUCAUUUCAUUUCCAAAGCUCAGACAGAACUUUAAGUUGCAUUAAUAUGACCACUGACCUGCUGAUAUAAAACUUGCUAGCAUGUUUCCUUUCCAAUCAAAUUCAGAGGGUGAAGCGUCAGCAUCGAUGAUACCGAUAGUUUAGUUUACGGGUACAUUUGUUAACUAAUUUGGACCCCGCCAUUCCUGUGACAGUGCCAGUGAGAUGGUUCUGACUGAAUUUAAAGUGAGAAAGGAAAAGAUUGUUAGUCGAUGAAUGACAGUAACUGCUGGCACUCUUCAGACACAACAUGGCUCAGCUCUGAUCUGCUUUAAUUUUUGCCCAUUCAAGCUUUGUCCAGAGUCAUUCCUGUACAUACCAGCUCCUGAACCUGAAAAUUCCAAAUAGGUUUAAUCAAUCAACAGUCUGCAAUCAAACAACACAAAAAAGAGAACAAAUGGGCCAGAGAACAAUUUCUCAUCUGGAUUUAAGUUACGUCAGCAUCCAACCAAAAAAACAAGAACAUUUUUACUGGCAAGAACAAGAGAGAACAAAUCACAAAUGGCCCUCAGCAACUCAGUUAGCUUUAUUAAAAUGAAAAGAAUGAUCAGAAAAAAAAAUGAUGCUAAAGUUAAAUCAGUGUUUAAGUGGGGCUGAAUUUUUAAGAUCAACAAGCUUAACCAAAGGCCAAAAUGAAUCCAUCAGUGUUUUUCUGUUUGUAUUAAAGCUAAUGCAGUGUUAGUUAAAGAGAACUAGUGUAGGUUAGAGAGCACUUCAGUCUUGUCUUGUCUUGUCUUGUCUUCCAUAAGUGGUUAGCUUCAGAGCAUCAAACAACAUCUGAACUUGUGUUUUUAUGAUUGGAAUAUAUUUUGAAAAUUAAAUAAAUGGACUUACAAUUUGCAAGGUUUCCAGAUGAAUUUGAGGACAAAGACUAAUGCACUAAUUUAAAUAAUCAACAUCUGAAGCAGCCAUCUGGCACAGUCGCUCAUGGUAAACUUCUUUCACGCUUCAUUUCUAGACCUUUCUGUUGAUAAAUGAUUGUAGCCUAAUGUCUAGAUGUCAGUGUCAGUGUAAGAUCAUCCACAGGGCUGCAACAGAAAUAUAUCUGACAACAUUACAGUCAUGCUGUGACUAAAGUAGCUUAACUGAGGAACACCUGUAGUCCUGUAAGAUGAUAUUUUUUAAGAUAUUAACUUACAUAAUCAUCAGAAUGUUUCAGAACCUCUGGGGCUCCGUACUUAACAAAUCAGAUUAAAUCAAUAUAUAUACAGUAUGUAUGCAUUCAACUGCAUUUCCCACUUAAAGUUACAGAGAGGAGAAAACAAAAAGGGUUUUGAUUCUGACAUCAGCAACCACGACAGUGAGGCGCCAAAGGUCAAAGUGGCAGAUUUGUUCAGUUUAUGAACAAAAUCACAAUCAGUCCACUUUUUCAGUUACUGUGGGCAUCUGAAGGCUUCACAACAGGCUUCUCCUGAGCUCAACAUGAUCAAUCAUUCACACUGUUUCCUCCCCAAAACAUCCAGAAUUGUUUCACUCUGCCGCCAAAAAAACCCCUCACCUAACCCCAAACAAUAUUUCAUUCCUUUCCGUUGAUUGACUCUUUUUCUCUUUUCUUUUUCUUUCUCUCUUUUUUUUUCUUUCAUGGUUGUCAUUCAGUAAUCAAAAAUCAAAUGAUGCAUUUUUAUUUUCUACAUUUGGUUGGAACAGAAAAAGAGAAGUGACUAAAAACUUGUGGUGUGGAAUAAAACGAUGAUCAAACAUGAAGGAGACAUUUGAAGAAUUAAUGUUGUUCCACUCUAUGUAUAAAAGAAGAAAAAAAAAGUCAAUAAAUAAAUCACAAUGGUCUUAUCCAUGUACAACUUA